ACGACUAACGCUCAACGGAAACGGUUAUUUAUAAUAGAGUUAAACAACGCAAUCGUUUCGUUUACUCAAGUGUAAUAGUAGAUUCUAAAUCGGUUUCGGCAACAACAAGAACAACAACAAUAAAAAAAACGAUCUGUUACUGACGUAUUUGUGACCACCCUUAAACUGAUUGCAAUGUGGUCCUAAGAUGCGGCUCAACAAACACGACAAGCCAAGGACACGGUUUUAUAGACUGCUCUGCAUACCGUUAUUCCUGUUAGCCUGGUCACAACUCCAGGCUCAAGCCCAAACAACAACAGCCCAAACCGAGCCGGACCAAAAUGAUGUGGUUCGAAUAAAUGUGGUUAUCACGCCAUAUACCCUAACAUUUAGUGUCGGAGUUGAGCAGAAGGACAGUUACAUCAUCGAGAAUGUAGCUUGUCCAUCUGGUGGUACAUCAACAGCUUUGCCUGAUGACAAUUAUAUCUGUGAAAAUUUGGAGCCCUGUACGAGCUACACAAACACUGUAACCCUCAAAGGAACAGCUGAGGGAUCAACACCCUUCGAACAAUUCGUGGUUGCCUACACGGAUUAUAAAGAUCCAGUAACCCAAUUGCUAUCCGUUGAGGCAACAGCGACUACGAUAGUUCUGAACUGGGAGACCAGCGAUCGGUCGUGUGUGAAACACUUUGAGAUCUCGGCAACGGCAUCGGAUAGCUCUUUUUCGAGGCAACAGGCGAAGGAGGAAAGCAGCGAUAUCAUUGAGGAUGUGUGGCCCUGUCGCAACUAUACAGUCACGCUGAGCACACGGAACAAUGAGAGCGUUAUCGUUGACAAGGACACAACACUGUUGGAAACGGAUUACUUGGAGCCCGGCGAUCUGCAGCUGACCAUUACAACGCGCUCCAAUGAGGACACGCUGAUCACAUGGAAUGAGCCGGAUAACAAGAGCUGCAUUGGCAGCUUCACCAUUGUCUGGCGCCGUAACGAUUGUGUGCCGGAUGAGGAUGGGCAGACAACAACGCCGGAGAUUGACGGGGAGACAACAACGCCAGAGAUGGACGGAGAAACGACAACGCCAGAGAUGGAUGGGGAGACAACAACUACGGAGAUGGAUGGGGAGACAACAACUACGAAGGUGGAUGUGGAUACAACCACUACGAUUACGGAUGAGGAAACAACCACCACAAUAACAGACGAUGAGACAACCACCACAGUUAUAGAUGAUGAGACGGCGGCUACUGUGAAUCUAGAUCAUUUGAAGGGGACAACUUCUGCGCCUGUGCAGGGUUCGGGGAUACAAGCGAAGAAAGAGUGCGAGUGGAGCGAAUACUCCAACGAUAGCUCCCUCAAGCAGUAUACCCUGAACAAUCUGCAGGGCUGUGCAGAGCACACCAUCGAGGUCUACAUCAACAUGGAGCGCAAUACAACUGCCAAAGCCACGGAGACUUUUGUCUCCGGCGAGAGGCUGCCCAGUGCUGUGUCGGAGCCGACACAGGAAAUUCACUCGACAGAGCUGAAAUGGCUUUGGUCGCCGCCCAUCGAUCAUUCCAAAUGUGUGGCCAAUUAUCGGGUGAAUCUGAGUGGACCCAUCCAGCGUGAGGAUUUCGAUAUUGACGAGCAGUUGACCAGCGAGACAUUUAUUGUGUUUAGCAAACUGGAACCCUGUGGCAGCUACAAUGUGGAGAUUGUGCCCAUCUCGUUAAAUGGCAAGCCGGGUGCAAUAUACCAGGGUCAAAGUACACUUGGCGAGGAUCAACCAACACAGAUCCUUGAGCCGACGAGCAGCACCAAACCCUUUUCCAUUGAGCUGAGCUGGCUGACUCCAAGCUAUGCGGAUCUCUGCAUCGCUGGCUAUCGCAUUUCCGGCUGGAUGGACGAUGACAAAGAGGUGGAUGCCCUAAGCAUUAACACCCAACAGAACUCCGUGGUCUUCGAGAAAGAUCUGAUUGCGUGCCAGGCAUACACUAUACAAAUAAUACCCUAUACCCGGGAGAAUUUGGAUGGAGAACUGCGACAAAUUGAGGUCGAGACGCAGGCAGCUGUUAUCAAUUUUGAAAAGAUACUUCUGCAAGUGGCGGGCAAAAAGGCGACUUCGCAUAGUCUGGAGCUGAAUGCACAAAAUCAGGAUUUCAAUAACAACUGUCAGACGAUCUAUGCGCACUUCAGCUGCUCCACGACGGCGAAUGUACGCUACAAUUAUGGGGAGAUGUAUGUGGAGAGUUAUCGGGAUCGUGGCUUCCAGGCAACGAUUGCACCACUCAGCCCCUACACCCAGUAUAUAUGCAGUGUGGUGCUCUACAAUGUGGCAGGUGCCUCGGCGCCGAAGCGACUAACGGGCACUGACCUCAUGACCCUUGUCUAUUUUCCCGAUCAGCCGGAAAGUGUCACACUAGACGGCAGCACCAAACACAGCUUGACCUUCAACUGGUUGCAGCCCAAAUCAUCGAAUGGACCCAUUAAAUAUUAUCAGGCAUUUCUCAUGCGCUACGAGGCCGAUUAUUUUGUGCCCAGCAUCUGUGAGGCCAUCACAGAGGUGCCAAAAACCGAUACGAAAGGUGAUACGACGAAUACCUUCACGGAUCUGUCGCCAGCUGUGAAAUAUAUUAUGCAAGUGGCUGCACAGAAUGAUUUCGGCUUGGGUCAAUACACAGCGCCCAUUAUAGGCAUUACAGAACCAGAUGUUUCGGAUCCUGUAACGAAAUUGGAUGUAAUAUCAGAGGGACCCUCGCUGGAUCCGAAUGUUUAUAGCGCCAAUGUGACUGUCUACUGGACAAUACCGUGUAAAUCGAAUGGCGAAAUCGAGUGCUUCAUUUUUGACUUUAGUGGUAGACGGAAGGACAUGGAGAUUGCAUUCCAGCGAAAAGUGCCGCUCGAUAGGUUGGCCAAAAAGGGACGCAUGUCAUAUACCGAAACCGAUCUGCAGCCAGAAGUCGACUAUGCCGUUAAAGUCACAGUCAAAACGCGCAACGUGCCAACGUUGAGCGAGAGCGCAAUCCAGGAGUGGACAUCGCCAUCGGGCUUACCCGCUGGCCUGGGUGAUGAUGUUGUGCGUCAAAUGCGCGUCAGUGCCUAUGAGACAAGUCAUCCCACCAGUUCGGCUAUUGUGCGCUUGCCCGCCAAUAUUUUAGACUCGGAAUCGGGCAGUAUAACGUAUAUAGCGCUAUUGCUAUCCCAGAAGAGUUGUACAGGCCCACCGGAGCUGAAAUAUGAUGUGCUCAAUGCGGGAGAUUGGCCCUCUGUUGCCUCAUGGGAUGAAGUCGGUGGCGAUUGCAUUUAUCAAUAUCAAACAACGCCUGUGCGUUGGAAACCGCCGCUGACCAGCAGAAAUAGACGCGACACCAGCGGCGAGGAGGAGAUUGUCUUCGUCAUUGGUGAGGGCAAGUGUCCAGAUAUUACGGAGCGUUAUUGCAAUGGACCCCUUAACCCCAAUAUGGAAUACAAUAUGGUUGUGCGUCUGUUCACCAAUUCUGGUUAUAAUGAUGCCGCCGUGCUCGAGUUCAAAACAGAAGCGGCCAUCAAGGUGACCCUGAUUUUGAUCAGUGUCUCCUGCUGCCUGCUCUUAGCGUUUAUUCUGGGUUUGGUUGUACUCUACGUGCGCAAACGGAUUGCCUGGCAUCGCGAUUCUGGUCAGGGCAUUGAGGAUCCCUUUGGCAAUGUGACACCCAAGAAUUUUGCCAUAUUCUAUGCGGAUGUGUCCAAGCCGGAGAAGUUGGCACGCGAAUUCAAGGAAAUCACCGUUGACACCUUGAAACUGAGCUACGCCGCAUCCGAAUUGGGCUGCAAUAAGAAUCGUUAUGCGGAUAUAUAUCCAUAUGACAAGAAUAGGGUUAUUUUGGACAUAGAUACGGAGGGAUCGGAUUAUAUCAAUGCCUCAUUUAUUGAUGGUCACACACGUAAGAAGAAUUAUAUAGCAACCCAAGGACCCAAGCCGGAGAGCGUUAUGGAUUUCUGGCGCAUGAUCCUACAGCAUAAUGUGCGAGUCAUUGUUCAGGUUACCCAAUUCCGAGAGGGCAAUACGAUCAAAUGCAAUGAGUAUUAUCCGUAUAAUACGCGUGGUGUUAUUGUCACAAUCAAGUCAAAGGAACGCUUUGACAUCUAUGAUCGCACCGAACUGACGGUGGUCCAUGAGAAACACGGCUUGAAGGAGAAGGUGAUACAUUUCUAUUUCAAGAAGUGGCCAGAUCACGGCUGUCCCGAUGAUCCCAACCACCUGAUAACGUUCGUGAAGAAAGUGAAGGCAGAGAAGCGUCCCAAUUACUCGCCUAUUGUGGUGCACUGCAGCGCCGGCGUUGGACGGACGGGCACAUUCAUUGCCCUAGAUUUGAUAAUGCAGCGUCUGAAGAGCGAAUCGAAAAUCAAUAUUUUUGAAACGGUCAAGAAACUGCGAUUUCAGCGCAUGAAAAUGGUGCAAACACAGCAGCAAUAUGCAUUCCUUUACGCCUGCACCUAUGAGCUGGCAAAGCAUAAGGUUCCACGUGCUGCUCUCAAACCAAAUGGGCGUGCCAAAACGAAUUUAGUGCCCACCACAAAGAAGGUCAGCUUUCCGGAUGUGGAUCUGGACCGCGUCGAGAAAGUUGUGCAGGACUCACCAGAUCCGGAACGGGGUGAGGCCAAUAAUCUGUCGCGCUUUGGCGGCUUACGCCGCACAACGGAUUUGGGUUCGUUGAGCGAGCAGCCGGAGCGUAACAGUUACAAUCGACCAAACGGAGAGUGCGCCAUAUAAAAAUAUAUAUUUUUAUGAGCAUAUUGUGACAUCAAACAUAUAUGUAUGUGUAUAUAGAAGGAAUUAUGUGUGCCUGUAUUUAUUGUAUUAUACAAAUUUAUAAUUUAUCAACAAUAAUAGCCAAAGAGAAGUGUCUAUCGCUGUACUGUGAAAAUAAACAAAUAUAUGUGAAAAUUGUAA